AUGAUUUGCGCAGCCGCGGGAGAUCACCACCACAGUGGCCGUAAUGGCCUGUGGAAGACCGAAAAACAGGGCGAGCAGCAGCGGCAGCACCACUACCAAGCCGCAGCCACCUCCACUGGGCGCUUACUAAUGAACGUGCUGAUGCUGCGCCGCCGAACGCUGAGCUCCACCGCUGAGACUGCUAUUACCGCUACCACCACCACCACCGUCGGCACUACGGCCUCGGAGCCCCUGACGUCGCCAAUUGAGCUAGCGUCGUACCCCAAGAAAAAAGCAUCACCGUCGUCACGGACCGACGCCGCCGCCGCUUGGGAAAAAGACUUUUCGGCCGCCACCUCGACGGCACGAUCGGAUCCAAGCCGACAAAAUAUUAAUCACUAUAACUGCCCACCGCGUGACGCGACUGCCGCCAUCUGGCAUUCCAACUCCACCACGGCCUCCCGCCGCCGCCGCGCGCCCUCAACCCCGGCCCGCUCGCUGUCUACGCCCCCGGUUGCCACCGAGCCGGUAGACCGCACCGCGCGCUCUGCGUCCCUCGAUUCGUCGGAGCGCAGACGACUCCGCUCCGCCACCACCGGCGGUGGCCGACCGAGUGCCGGACGUGCUGCUCCUUCUUCUUCUACCUCUAAGCCUAGGCCGUCUGGGCACGAGAGGAGGGUGACCGAGACGGCGGCACACGCCUCCCGUGUCAAGAUCCGACGCUUGAUUGUCACGGGCGGCGUGGCUGCCAUUGUCUUUGUCGGGAGCAUCUACGGCGCCGGGCUCAAGAUCCAAGGCGAGGCCAAGUCUGAGAGAAAAGCAUUUGUGGAAGCCUCGUUAGAAGAGCAGAUUGCCGUACUCGAGGAGCGCAGACAAUUCUUGGUGAACCAGCGCGCUCCUUUUGAGAGGAAGCUGGUCAGGUUGCAUGAACGCAUGGCCGCGAAGAAAGCGGAGGAGCAGAAGCACACCGGACAGCCGAUGGAGGUUAAGCCAGACACGAGGCCGGUACAGAGCACAGAUAAAUUUACAGAGGCAAGCAGUACGACAGGUAUGAAAAAUGAUAGUGAUAAUAAUCAGGUCAACAAAAGUGGCUCGAGCUGGCGGCCAUUUUCUUAG